CGGGGCUCCCCAUCGUGCCAGGAUGGUGUUCCUGGGGGAGCAUCAGCUCCGACCCAGCAGUGCCCAUUCCCAGAUGCUGCCAGGCACGGUUGUGUUGUUUCAUGCACAGUGCUUUAUUAAUAAUCCUGGUUAAUUGUCUAAAGUCCUUUCCCUGCCAUAGGGCUAGGGGCUGGGACGGCGAGGGGCGGUGGAGCAGAAGGGAACGGGCUUUGUCCCCCCGCCCAGCCCGGGGGCGGUGCGGCACGGCCRGAGCUCCCAGCCUGGCCACCGGCACAGCCCUCGCUGCUUGUCCGGUGUCCGCUGGUGCGGGACAGAGCCUCCCGCGGGGCUCGCAGGCUCCCGGUGCCAUGCGGGGCCCGCUGCUCUGGGCGGGCUGGCUGCUGGCCACCGGCUGCCUGGUGGGUGCCACGGGCAGCUGCCGGCACCGCUGCUGCCCCGGCAGGAACAACGCGUGCUGGGCCCCUGGCGCCCGCCGGGCUCCCUGCUACUGCGACUCGUACUGCCAAAGGACCGGAGACUGCUGCCACGACUACCAUGCCACGUGCCGCCGUGCCGCAGUGGGCUGUGCCGUGGGGCCCUGGGGGCCGUGGAGCGGGUGCAGCUCCCCGUGCGGGGUCGGCAGCAGGGCCCGCAGCCGCCAGGUCACGGUCCCGCCCCGGCACGGAGGGGAUCCCUGCCCUGACCUCAAGCAGCGCCGUGGCUGYCUGGGGCAGCACCCGACCUGCGGCACGGCCAAAGGUAACGUGGGCUGCCCGCCGCCCUCCUGCGCGGUUGUCUCCAAGUGCUGCCGUUCACACUGCCCGGCCCGGGGUGUCUUUAAUCAUCCCCGUGCCCCUCACAGCUGCUCUUCUGCCAGAGGUAGCCAAGAUACUGCCCAACUCCUUCAGCCAGGACUUCAGAGAUCCCUGGCGAAGAGCUGGGCUGCCACUGCCAGAGGAGCCCUCUGGGUAUGUGUGGAAUUGGGGCCCGUCUGUAGCCUCCCUCCCCAAAUGUGGGAUCCCUCUGCACCCCCUGCAGUCAUGRCCCCUUUGCUACCCCUAGACCAGCACCUUUAUGCUCCCCCAGCCAUUWCUCUUCUCCCUCCCCAAACCAUGGCCCCAUUGCACCCCUGUACAAAACCAUGGCCCUUCGCAUCCCCCUAGAACCAUUAUCCUUCCCACCCUCCGAACCACAAUCCCUUUGCACCCCCUAAACCCACAGCCCCUCUGCACCCCCAGAGCCAUUACCCUUCUCACCUCCCCAACCAAGGCUGCCCCUUUGAACUCACAUCCCCUUUAUACCCUAACCAUAAAAAAACACCACAACCUCUGCCCUGCCUUCCGACCUCCAUUUUCCCUCUUUUCUCCCCCCAUUUUGCCCCCUCCCCAGCUCUUCCCUCCCCAGCUACUGCGGCUAUUUCCGCCUGACGCGGGUGGGAUCCCCGUGCCGAGGGCG